AUGAAGGUAAUGCGGGUUAGAGCUCUUCUUUCGACCAUCGCGGCACUGCUUCGGUCUCGAACUGUUCAAAAUGUAUUAAAAGGAACAAUCAGUUUGCUACUUGGAUGUAUCUUGAUCUUUAUAAGUGGAAGCAAGGAUAUCUUGAGGCCAACAGUGUGUUCCAAUACUCUGAUUGCCAUCGUAAUCAACACUUCGGCAACAACGGUCGGUGCAUACCGAAAUGGUGCUCUUCGAGCAACCCUGGGCAUAUUAGUUGGAGCUGUCUCCUGGACUUUGAUUGGGUUAAUGAAUGGAUCAACUUAUGGUUAUGGAGCCUUCGUAUUCGUCACGAUUUAUUGUCUGAAUUAUAUUCGGGCGGCGGAUGCAAAGUAUUAUCCAGCAACGCUCAUUGCGUCCAUCAUGUCCUUCCAAGGAGUCUAUUAUAGUUUUACAACAACAGCAGGCCAGUUUAAUGCUGACAAUCAGACACAGUUACUACAUACGAUGUGUGCUUUCGCAUCUGGUGUUGCUAUCAAUUGGAUUGUCAAUCUCUUCAUCCUGCCUGAAUUCGCAGAGGUCAGUCUGAAGGAACUCAUCGGAGCGAAUCUUACUGGUGCUGCCAUACUAGUGGAUCUGACUACAAGAACGUAUCUGCUGACGACUACACUUGAUGAGAACUCGACUCGCGAACGUGAAGUGAAACGAAUACGAGAAACCCUAGACACGAUUUCUGACAAGAUCGCUGAAGCAUCUGCAGAAUCCUCCUAUUCGCAACUCGGUAUUGAAGAGUACUCUCAGAUCAAAGAUCAUCUGAGAACGAUAGGCCAGCAUCUAUCGGCAAUUGAUGCAUCUUUGAAACUCCACUCCUUGAUCACCUCACCAGGGUACGAGCAAACAUUUGCUCUGCCACUCAAAGACGCUCUGAAUACCCUCUCUGGAAGCAUCCAAAAAUCAUUGAUUGGUACACGCGACAGACUCAUGGGUUUUGGACCAACUACGUCUCUUCAGCGACGAAUAUCCAAACGAUCUGCGCAGUCUGUCUCGCUCCUUGAGCAUGGAGACCAUCAUCAGAUUCCGCUAGACGACCUUGAUGCUGGUUAUCGACGAUUUGAAGACAUACAAUACCGAAUCAUGUAUGGUCUGUUUGAGCCCACGAACAGCAAUACCGAUAAUUUCCUGCCAUCAGAAAGUGUAUUGCUAGAAGAAGAAGAAGUUUCGUUUUGUACGGUUGCAGUCCCAGUGUUUAGAUGUAGAACUUGCAGUUUCUUCUCUCCUUUUGCGAGACUCCGCCACUCUGAUAACGACAGUGUCAUCACAUCAUUUGGCGAUGAGCCACAACAGCCAGCAGCAUCCCGGAGCAAACGACAUAAAUCAGCUCUAUCAAAGUACUUUCAAACAAAAACAGUAGAAUUUCUCAAGCAGCUGAAGAGCUCAGAGUCUGUCUUUGGACUCAAAGUGGCGGUAGCAAUAUCGCUUUUAUGCAUAGUAUUGUUCUCUCAAAGCCCUUUCUUUGAAACAUGGAAUUUGCCAAUGUCAGGCACUGUUGGUGUGCUGGUAGCAAUUUCUCCCAAUGUUGGUCAGACGUAUGCAACAGUCGUGGUCAAUCUCACAGGAAACAUUUUCGGUCUGCUUUGGGCACUUUUCAGUCUCACUAUAUGGACGGAUAGUGACAAUGUUUACAAUCCAUAUGGGUUGGGAUUCUUCACUGUACUCCUAGCCAUACCAUUCUCAUAUGUCGCCCAGAAUUAUAAGACUAUCAAACCAGUCGGUGUGCUCGCUUUGUUUUCCUUCAGCAACGCCAUGACAUUAUCAUAUCUUUAUCGAUUCAAUGGACCGGAUGGACUGCCAUAUGCAGCACCUGCUGUACGAUUCUACCACCAAUUGGCCAUUACAUCCAUGUCAAUCGGGUUUGCUGGACUUUUAUCGGUGGUUAUUCUUCCCAAUCUCGCUCGACGUGUGUUGAGGGAGGAGAUAUCAGCAAUCAUUGCUAGGAUUGAUCAAUUUUAUACAGAGCUGGUUUCUCUGACAUAUUUGGUUCUUCCUGGUCGAGUCGCCAAAGAGGUAGCCAAUGAAACAGGUUUGAGAGAACAAAUGUUGUCGAAUGUUACAAGGAUACAGGCAUCGCUACCAGACAUGUUUUCAAGACUAGCUACCUUACAAGAAUACGCUAAGGUUGAACCGAGACUUGAAGGGCUGUUUGAAUCCGAACAAUAUGCCGCCCUAAUAUCAACCCUAUCGUCUAUUGUGGAUCGCUUGAUAUCAGCACGAUGUGCAUGUGGGGACAAGCCGUUUGUCGCCAUGUCGUAUACCUCUGCCGAGGUUCAAAAAGCUCGUUUUGAUUUUCAAUCAACAACCAGGCUCUUGCUCUAUUUAUUUGCAUCUACAUUGUCUUAUAAGCAACCACUGCCACCGAGCUUGCCAUCUUGCGAAAAAUCUCGACAUGCACUAUUUGGGACCUUUAUCAGAACAGCGCUCAGCAAAAGUGGACCUCAGAAUCGUGAGAUUCAAACCAGUCGCGACUUUAUCAGAUUCUACAGCUGGGCCAUUUGCAUGAAGAAUGUGGCCAAGGAGAUCGACUGUUUGGGGGUGAUUCUGUCCGCAUUGUUUGGAACAAUGCCCGACGAUUAUUGUCAUUUGCUGCUUAAUGACAGUGCUGAUUCUGACCUGGAUGAAGAUGCAGUUGAAACUGCUAAGGCGUAUACAGCCAUUGUUGAUAACUCAUAUAGACCAUGA